CUCUCCUUUCCCAGGAAGAAACUGAAUUGAAAAAGAAGUUGAGGAACGAUUUGAAGGAACAGAUUCAUUUUUUAACAAGAUCAAGUUUGAAUUAAAUGGCUGAUAAACAGAUCAGUUUACCUGCCAAGCUGAUCAAUGGAGGGAUAGCUGGGCUGAUCGGGGUCACCUGUGUAUUUCCCAUUGACCUGGCAAAAACUCGCCUGCAGAACCAGCAGAAUGGCCAGCGUCUGUACACCAGCAUGUCUGACUGCCUCAUUAAAACAAUUAGGUCGGAAGGCUACUUUGGCAUGUACAGAGGGGCUGCAGUGAACUUGACUCUGGUUACACCAGAAAAGGCCAUCAAACUGGCAGCCAAUGACUUCUUCCGGCACCACCUCUCCAAGGACGGGAAGAAGCUGACACUGCUGAGGGAGAUGCUGGCGGGCUGCGGCGCAGGUACCUGCCAGGUGAUUGUCACCACUCCCAUGGAGAUGCUCAAAAUCCAGCUGCAGGAUGCAGGGCGAAUUGCGGCACAGAAGAAGCUGAUGGCAGCACAGGCCCAACUCUCUUCUUCCUCUGCGACGAGGGUGGCAGAGCCAGUGGUGGAAACACGCACCACAGCAACACAGAUAACAAGGGAGCUGCUGCGGAGCAAAGGCAUCGCAGGACUCUACAAAGGCCUGGGAGCCACACUGCUAAGGGAUGUCCCGUUCUCCAUUGUUUACUUCCCACUGUUUGCAAACCUGAACAAGCUGGGCCAGAAAGACCCCAAUGUCAAGGCUCCGUUCUAUGUGUCCUUCCUUUCCGGAUGUGUGGCUGGCAGUACAGCUGCGGUGGCUGUCAAUCCUUGUGAUGUGAUCAAAACACGGUUGCAGUCCUUGCAGAGGGGAGUGAACGAGGACACCUACUCAGGAAUCCUGGACUGCACCAAGAAGAUCUGGCAGAAGGAAGGUCCCAUGGCCUUCUUGAAAGGGGCAUACUGCCGAGCCCUGGUCAUUGCUCCUCUCUUCGGCAUUGCACAAGUUGUCUACUUCAUCGGCAUCGCAGAGUUCCUGCUCGACAUGCUCCCCAAGCACCGGGCCUAGCCCCAGCACACCUCUGUGUGCCCUCCUGCCCUCUGCAGCGCUGAAUUCAUCCCCAUGUUCAUCAUCCAUGUCAACUGAUGUCAGAGCAACAGCACAAAGGGUUCGCACAGGGAUGCUGAGGGAAUGUGUUCUCCAGAUGAGCAAAUGCAGUGAGGGAGAUACAAGUCCCUUUUCUGUCUCAGUCUGGAACCUGCCCCCUCCUGCUCCUUCCACGGACAAUACCUAAUUAUGCAUUGUCUUUUAUUCUUCUCCUUUCCUUUUUUUUUUUUUUUUUAAUUGUUAUUCUCAAGGGCACUGGUAAGCACAGGCUGGGCUUGCAGACCCAGAAUUCUCCUCCCAGCCCUGGGGAGGAAGAGGGAUGGGAAAGAAAUAGUCUGAAUUCUCAUCUACUUGGUUCCCCUCUUUCUUCCUAGAGUUGCCAGCUAUCUGAUUAGGAGCUGGAGGAGCAGCUGUGUCCUUUCCCCUAAGGCCCUCCUCAGCUCUGUUGGCCUCAGAGGGGAGAACCGGCCCUGUGCAGAAGGGGCUCAUCUCACCUCAGCCAGGGGCACCGUGGGGUGAGGUGCUGGAUCUGGCAAGUUCCUUUGUCUGGAAACCUUCACUCCUCAUUUCUCCCUUUCUCAAAAAUGAGUUGGACUUAAAUGUUCUAGAUCAGAGGAAGGUAAAGGGCAUCGUUACUAUUGACUUUGUAAUUAUUUUGGUUUAAAGCAAAGGGAUGUUCCUCCUAACAAAGUGUCACGGGCACAUCCAGGUGAGGUACAGAGAUGAGAUGUCUGCUCCAUAGGGAACACAUCAGUGGGAUCAC